AUGACCGACACCAUCAAAAAUGGCACCCAUACUGGCGGCAAGCUUCCAGCCGACAUCCCCCACAUCACCAACAACAUCCUUCCGUUGUCCAACAUCCUCAAGUUUUACACUCAGGAAGCGUACAAGCAGAUCACAACCCUCAUAGAAAACCUCUCCAGCACCAAGCACUCGGAGUCCGACUCCAGUCGAAAGAAGACGUUCUUGAAGUUGAUCAUCUCGCUCAGACAGGACUUCAUCAAGAUGUACACGCUUGUCAAGUGGGCCAGUAACUCCAAAGACGUGUCCAAAUUCAUCGAUCUUCUCAACUGGUUCCGCAUGCAAGAAUUCCACUUCGAACAGUUGAGCUUCCAGUUGAACGCGUUGAACAGCUUCUCGGGAGCAAAGCUUCCCAACUCGGACUUGAUCACCAGUUUGGAGGUCCUUCUCAAGGGACGUCCGCAACUCCCGUCGUACAAUUUCUUAAAGGUGCCCAAGGUGACACCGGAGAAGACCUUGGAGGUGCUACAGGACUUGAAUCUCAUAUUGAUGACCAGAAUGGCACUCACCGACAUCCCGGACAGAUUCUUGAAGGAGUACGAGAUCAAGGACGGGCGGAUCAUAUUUUCGGUCCUGAGUGAAUUUCAGGUGGCCAUCACGGUCGCCAACGACCUCGUGAUCGAAACCAACGAGGACUAUUACAAGUCGCCGUUUUACUUUGUGGACUUCAAGUUCUUGUUUGGUAUCAAUCCCGAAACCUCGCUCAUAACUCAUAGACAUAACAAAAUCACAACUAGACUACCCCAAAACUCGCACGAAAAGUUGGAAAAGACCGUCAACACGAUACUAUUGAACCAAGGAUUGAAUGGGUUGUACGACUUACUUCAUAAGUACUCCAUUUCGUUCAAAUUAUACUUAAUCGCCAAACAAUUGAAGGACUUGGUGUCCAACUCAAAGUGGAAAAGCAGUAUCCAAUUCAACUAUCAAAACGGUAAGUCCUUAAUUAUCAUCAACUAUUGGUGUGGCCAUUAUUUAUCGAGAAACUGGAAAUCGUUCAUCGAAAUUGGUAUCGACAGAUCCUACAACUUAAACUUCAGAUGGUUCAAGAACGGAGGUUACGUCCUUGAUCAUGGUAUAGUGGACAUAUUCAAGGAGUCGCUCCCCUCAGACUCAGCCGAUGAAGAAGAAGGUUCUGGCGAGGAAGAAUCAGACUUGAGCGUUGAAUUGAUUCUCAACACCAUAAUUAAUAAGCAUUCAGAAGGCUUAAUAUCCAGCAUCUAUAAUCAAUUUACUUCUCGGGUUUCUAAGUCCUCGACAACCCAAGAAGAUCAAAUCUCAUAUAUUUCACCACUUCAAUUGCUCAUAAAAUUGUCCCCAAAAAAAACAACCAUUUUCGCUAUUAAUCCAGCCACCGGUUACUUUUACUUUAUAGACCCAACCCCGAUCCAGAAUCAAUUCACAAAGAGAAUCAAUUCUAUUCCUUUAAAGAUUCAAAACAAAUUUUUCUUGAGCGAACUGGACUUAAUCAACAAUGUGGUUGAGAGUUUAGUACAGCUAAGACUCGAAACUUAUACCAAGGAGAUCCACAACCGCCUUAUUACCACCGAAUGGAUUAACAACAGUAUCAUCAAAUUAAAUGAAUAUGAGACAGGCAAGUUGCUCAGCUAUAUAAACAACAUAUCGACCAAUCUGACUAAGAUCCAGUUUUACCGUCGCAAAAACUGGCCAUCAUCUUGGUAUUUGAUUAACUUGACAAAUGGAAUUACAAAUAGUACGCAUUGGUGGGUUUCUAGAAUUAAAUCUAUAAACGGAGAUUGGAAAGUUCAAUGGAUACAGAAACUCUUGUUGAAGGAUGGAGAUGAUGACGAGCCAAUCAUGUUGGAUUUCAGAUUUUUCUCAAGCUUAUCUAAAUUGUGCUCGAAUAUGAUUAUUGAUCACAUGAUUUUGGAGGAGUUACAACUAAGAAACAUCAAGCACUUAAAGGUGGAGAAGAUUGAUCAAGUUUUAAAGAAGUUCAAUCUUGAAGAUAGUGAUGGUCAUAUAGAGGACAAGGAAGCAAGCCCUAAUGAUCCCACACCUCCUUCACCAAUUUCCUAUGAAUCCAUCUUAUUGUUGUACAAUGAUCACCUUCUUCCCGUGUACAAUUCUUCUACUAGUCUUUUCUUGAAGAUCAGUUUGAUUAAUGUGAACCAGCAAACUCAGAUGAAAUUAAAGUUAUUUGGAAACUUGAGGAAUCUUGCCAUCAAAAAUUCUGAAGACAAGCUAAUUAAAAUUGACGAGUCCAAGAAGAUUUUUGAGAUUAACGAUUUAAUUAAUCUUACAAGCAGAAUGGGGGGCAAUGGAAAAAGUGAGGAUAUUUUAGAAUUUUCUGACACCUCUUCAUCCUCCAAAAAUCUACUUGAUUUGAUCUUCAACAACUUGAACAAACUCAAUGAGCUUAUUAAGAUUUUGGACCAGUUGAAUAAGAAUAAUAUUAGAGUGCUAACCAACUCAAUUAACGACAUCACCAUUAAAGUUGAUGAUAAUAUUGAAGACUUAGUGAUUAAGCUACCAGAAAAGUCCACGGAUUCCAUAACAUUAGCUGCACAUGAAUUCAUCAAAUCUGACAAAGACGCCGAAGAGAAUGAACUCAACCUUAUUUUGAUCUACAUGAACAGAUACUUGAAAGAUCACGCAAGCUUGGCCACCAAGAAGGACGCUGGGACAGACCCAAUUGUUGGAAUUAUUAAGUACUUCAAGGAAUUUAAUCCGAUUUUCAAGUCUAUCCAAAGUAUACAUACGUUAUUCAAUCAUUCAGAGACGAUGCCAUUGAUAGGGGUUCAUAAAAUGCCAAAAUUGAACUUUGAUGUGAAGUUGCCCUCACUCAAUCAGAUCCAGUAUAUGUUCUAUAUCAAUUAUUUGAGUGCUUCUGGUUCCAAGAAGACUCAAAAUGACAAGUUUGUUAUAACGUUGACAUUUAAGAACAAUAAGUUCGAGAAGGGAAAUACGAAUAUAGUCAAGAUUUCAUUGAAGGACAACUUGAAUUCUAAGAACUUGAAGUACAAAGGACUCUUCGAGUUGAUUUUCAAGGCCAUCAACGAGGUUGAUGCACUGACUCCUUCAUUGAUCAAAUUGAACUAUGACUUUUUGGUCAAUGUGGAAUUAGUAGAGGAGGUGAUGGUCAAAAUCUCGAAGUGCUUCUUGGUGUACGCGAAAGCUGAAUAG